AUGCGCGCCGCGCGCUGGAUCCUCGCGGGCUGCGCCGUCGCGCUGUCGCUGCACGCUCUGCUGCACCGGCGCGUCGAGGCGCCGGCGCAGGAGGUCGUUGUUGCGAAGCCGACGCGACCACCCGACGACGGCUGCCCCACGACCGUGCGCGUGGCCCUGUGCUUCUACGGCCUGAACCGCGCCCUGCGCCACACGCACGAGUCCAUCCGACGCCACCUCGUCGCGCCGCUCCGCGCCGCCUGCGCCCGCGUCGACGUCUUCUAUCACACGUGGUCGCUCGAGACGCUCGAGGACACGGGCAAGGCGGGCGGCGAGCGCGAGGCCGUGCGCAUCGGCGGCGCCGCGGAGAUGCGGGCGCUGCUGGGCGAUCUCGUGGCCAAGUCGGCCGUCACGGACCAGGCGGCCUUCGACGCCGCGUCGAACGCGUCGUACUACAAAACGCUGGACCGGCGCUACGGAGGCCCGAACUUCGUCAAUUUGAUGCGCCAGCUCGAGUCCCUGCGGCGCGUCACGGCGCUCUGGCGGUCCAUGGGCGCCCACGCGGAGACCCACUACGCGGCGGUCAUCUACGCGCGGCCCGACCUCUUGUUCCUCGACGACGUCAACGCGACGCAGGCGCUGACGCUGCGGGAGAACGACUUCCUCACGCCCUACUGGCACCAGUGGAGCGGCCUGAACGACCGCGUCGCCAUCGGGCGGCCCCGCGCGGCGGCGGCCUUCGGGAACCGCAUCGAGCUGGCCGCGGGCUACGCGCUGGAGACGUUCCUCCGCUCCGAGUCGUUCCUGAAGUGGGCCGUGUGCGACCACCACGGCUUCGACCUCGCCUUCCUCGAGGCGCGCGCCCAGCGCGUCCGCGCCUCGGGCGACGUCGCCGACAACGACGCGUGCCUGAAAUACUGCAGCCUGAGCCUGCGGCGGACGUGCCGCGCCGACUGCCGCAAGCUCGCGCCGCCCGGCGAGGCGCCGCCGCUGGCGGCCUGGGCGAAGAAGCAGCAGGCUCGGGACCGCGAGAAGAGGCGGGACAAGCGGCCGCCGAAGCACGCGCACCACAAUCGGCUGCCCUAA